GUGACGGUGCCGCGACUAGGUUCCUCUUGGCGCCGAAGAAACGAAAUUGGUCGGUUGAAUGUACACCAUGCUGCCCAGGUCUGAUCCGUGUCACAUUGUCUUAUAUAUUCAAACUAUUUAAAUGCAAGACUUGUUGCUCACUUGCCAUACUUUUUAACUGUCAGCUGCCGCUGCUGCUCUUUACCUUUCGUUCUCUUGCAAUGUCGCGCGAGUUCUCACUCGUACAACGCGAUGAUGUAGUCGAUGUUAGCCGAUAUGAUCGCGGCGACCUCUCUUUUAUUAUUGUUGCGGGCGCCAUGGUCUCCUUCAUGGUCCCGGGGCUCGCAUUUCUAUACUCUGGCUUGGCUCGCCGAAAAAGUGCUUUGUCCUUGAUUUGGGUAGUCUCCGCGGCCAAUGCCAUCACCAUCUUCCAAUGGUUUUUCUGGGGUUACUCAUUGGCCUUUUCGCCGACGGCCACCAAUAGUUUCAUUGGAAACCUCCACAAUUUCGGCCUGCGAAAAGUCCUUGCCAAUCCUUCCCCGGGAUCACCUCUAAUUCCCGACCUACUCUACAGUUUCUUCCAGAUGGAAUUCGCAUGCGUAACUGCUGGUAUUCUCGUCGGAGGUGUUGCAGAGCGAGGGAGGGUAUUCCCCGUUAUCUUCUUCACUUUCAUCUGGUUAACUCUGGUUUACUGUCCAUUGGCUUGCUGGGCAUGGAGUUCCAGCGGGUGGGCAUUCAAGUGGGGCGUCCUCGACUUCGCAGGCGGAGGACCGGUCGAAAUCGGAAGCGGGGUUAGCGGACUCGCGCUUGCAUGGAUCUUGGGCCGCCGUCAGGAAAAAGAACUCAUCAACUUCCGCCCGCACAAUGUAUCCCUAGUCAAUCUGGGAACUUUUAUUCUGUUUUUCGGCUGGCUCGGAUUCAAUGGUGGUAGUGCGUUCGGUGCCAAUCUCCGUGCCAUAAUGGCAAUAUGGAACUCCAUGCUUUCCGCCGCCUUUGGAGGAAUAAUCUGGUGCCUCAUGGAUUAUCGCAUCGAACGUCGUUGGAGUAUGGUAGGUUUCUGCUCUGGUACAAUUGCCGGGCUAGUUGCUGCCACUCCCUCAUCUGGCUAUGUCCACCCUUGGGCCGCACUAGUAGUUGGCGUGGUAUCCGCGGCCAUCUGCAAUCUUGCAACCAAAGUAAAGUUCUUGUUGCGCAUUGACGACGCCUUGGAUCUUUUUGCUGAGCACGCGGUUGGCGGAAUGGUCGGCCUUAUCCUUACUGCAUUUUUCGGAGAUUCGCAAGUGAUAGCUCUGGAUGGCAUCAACACCGCUGCGAUGGGUGGCUGGAUGGAUCGCAAUUGGAAGCAACUCUACAUUCAAUUUGCCUAUGUCUGUGCUACUACGGCUUACAGCUUCGUUGUUACCGCGUUGAUUGCAAAAGCAGUGGAUAUGAUUCCAGGCCUGCAACUGCGGAGCACUGAAGAGGGAGAACGACUAGGCAUGGACGAAGUUGAGAUUGGCGAAUUUGCCAACGACUAUAUCGAGAUUCGUCGCGAUUAUACUGACUGGGUAGCUCCCUUUGACUCGUCAAAAUUUGCCGAACAAGCUGUGGCCAAUGGAGACAGACAUGCGCAACCUGACCUCAACAUACCACACGAAGUUGACGUCCAUUCCGUCCACUCGCAUGAUAUCGACAUCGAUGUCGUGAUAUCAGAGCCCAAGGAAAUGUCAGAGAAGAAGGGUUCUGCCACCACAAUCAUUUGAUAUAUGUAGUAUUGAAAAGUAUCCAAGUAAAUAGACUGCACCAUCCAUUCCUUCUAACCUAUAUAAUUCUUACCUGUGCAGUAGCUACUUUACAAAAUGUACAUUAUACUAGAAUACAAAUCAUCCCUAGCUUAACAAUCCCAACCCAAAACAAAGUUGUCAGGAUAGCGAGAUGGGAAGUAGUAUUCGCCUAGGGAGAGCUGUCUCUCUGAUGAGGCAGAGAUUCUGGGUCCGCAUAUACUUGAACUGAACUCUUCAUUCAGCAUGAGGUCAACGACGUUUCGUGAAGCGAUCGUCUCCGUUUCCAUCGUUGAAAUGAACCUGCUCG